CGCAUCAGCCCACGACCUCACUCUACUCAUCCUACUCCUUUCGACAUCAGCUGCUGCGCCAAGGCAGCAACAGUUCGAUCGUCAGACCGUGGAAAAUCCACACUUCUCGCCGAUCGCGGGGCCCGUCUAUCUAUUUACUGGAAACUACCAGUACGCCCGUACUGUACCUCUACUCCGCGAUAGCACCCAGCAGCUCAACUCCAUGGCGAUGGUGGCCAUGCGCAUGCGACGCAGCCCUGCUCUUUGUUACCACCUCGCCGCCGCCCUCCUCCUCCUCCUCCUCCUCGCGUUCCUCAACGCGCCGCUCGCGGGCGCGCAGCCGCUUCCGUGGCAGCUCUGCGACGCCGCCGCCGGGUACUACACCGAGGGCAGCGCCUACCAGGCCAACAUACGCGCCCUCGCCAGCGGCCUCCCCAGGAACGCCUCCUUGUCCCCGGCGCUCUUCGCCAAGGGCGCCGCCGGCGCCGCGCCGGACGCCGUCUACGCGCUCGCGCUCUGCCGCGGCGACACCAACGCCUCCUCCUGCGCGGCCUGCGUUGCCGCCGCCUUCCGGAACGCGCAGCAGCUCUGCGCCUUCAACAGGCACGCCACCAUGUUCGACGAUCCCUGCAUCCUCCGCUACUCCGGCCAGGACUUCCUGGCCAACGUCACCGACAACAGCGGCAGGUUCGUCGCGUUCAACGGCAACAACGUCACCGCGGGGGCGGCCGCGGCGGCGUUCGACGCCGCCUCCGGACGCCUCGUCAACGCCACCGCAGACUAUGCCGCCGAGGACCCGACCCGGCGGUUCGGCACGGGGGAGGAGGGGUACGAUGCGACGUACCCCAAGAUUUACUCGCUGGCGCAGUGCACGCCGGACAUGGCGGCGGACGACUGCCGGAGCUGCCUCAGGGACAUAAUCGAGAAAUUUACCCCACAGUACUUCGUCGGGAAGCCGGGCGGGAGAGUGUUCGGCGUGCGAUGCAACUUCCGGUUCGAGACCUACUCGUUCUUCUCUGGACGCCCACUGCUGCAACUCCCGGACGUGCUGCCCCCGGCACCAGCGCCAGCGCCAGCGGCGGCCGAAGAGGAAGGAACAAGAAAUAGGACAGGAUUGAUCUUGGCCAUCACACUACCUAUAGUUGCUGCACUGCUUCUCAUUUCAACGUGCGUUUGCUUUUGGAGGAGGAGAAAACCGGCAGAAAGAAAGCCGUCAGUACCAUAUUCAGCUACUAAUCCAGAUGACAUCCAAAGCAUAGAUUCCCUCCUUCUGGACCUAUCGACGCUGCGGGCUGCAACAGAUAACUUCGCUGAGAGCAACAAGCUUGGCGAAGGAGGGUUCGGUGCGGUUUACAAGGGUGUCCUCUCUGAAGGUGAAGAGAUAGCCGUGAAGAGGCUGUCACAGAGCUCCACGCAAGGGAUAGAAGAGCUGAAAACAGAGCUGGUUCUGGUCGCUAAGCUUCAGCACAAGAACCUUGUGAGGCUCCUUGGCGUUUGCUUGGAAGGACAGGAGAAGCUGCUCGUGUAUGAAUACAUGCCGAACCGGAGCCUCGACACCGUUCUGUUCGAUGCAGAGAAAAGCAGGGGCCUGGACUGGGGGAAGCGGCUGAAGAUCGUGAACGGGGUUGCCCGGGGCCUGCAGUACCUCCACGAGGACUCCCAGCUGAGGAUCGUCCACCGGGACCUCAAGGCCAGCAAUGUGCUCCUGGACUCGGACUGCAACCCCAAGAUUUCGGACUUCGGGCUGGCGAAGCUGUUCGGCUGGGAUCAGUCGCAGGCCGUCACCAGCCACAUCGCCGGAACGUACGGAUACAUGGCGCCGGAGUACGCCAUGCGCGGGCAGUAUUCAGUCAAGUCGGACGCCUUCAGUUUCGGCGUUCUGCUCCUGGAGAUCGUCACGGGGAGGAAGAACAGCAGCUUCGCUACCUCGGAGCCAUCCCUUGACCUCUUAAGCCUCGUAUGGGAGCACUGGACUAGCGGGACAGUCGAGCAGCUGGUGGAUCCGUCCCUGGGCGGCCGUUCGCCGGGAGGCCAGAUGCUGAAGCUGGUCAACAUCGGGCUGCUGUGUGUCCAGGACAGCCCCGCGGACAGGCCUACGAUGUCGGUGGUGAACGUCAUGCUCAGCAGCAGCACGGUGUCUCUGCAGGCGCCGUCGAGGCCAACGUUCUGCGUCGACGACAUGGAGGGUUUCUCGGGCAUGUACUCGGGUGCGUAUCCAAGGGGAUCCCAGUCCCAGUCCACCGGGGACAGCAAGCCCCAGGCAGCGAUGUCGCCGUCGCCCAACGAGGUGUCCCUCACGGAGAUCGAACCAAGAUGAUCAGCGCGUACGUUAAACCCAAGACAAACCUGCGGGGUCCAUAGCAUAUAUAGUCCUGCUUGUGAUAACCAAAUCUCCUGGAUCAUUAUCUAUGGUGGUUGUAGCUUGCAAUAAUGUGCCACGGCUUACUAUUACUAGUAUUUUUAUCAGAGAAUGUUGGUAGUAAUAUAUUUUCUUUGUUCUAA